AUGCGUGGCCUGCUCGAGGCCGCGUUGUUGCUGGCGCCGGCGCUGGCGAUUGCGCUCCCAAGUUAUGAUGAAGUCAAGGUCCCACACGCGUUGAUCCAGCUUGACCUCAACGGUAAAACAAAUAGCGACGUCUUCCAGGAAACGACGCUUCAAUUUAAUAUUCUUGAGUCUACGAGCCCCUGCGACUAUGGAAAUAUUACCCUCGACGGACAGACGCUGGUACAGGAUGACAUCGGCGUUGGGUCAGGAUCGGUCACGACGGCCAACGGCAAUAUCCUCGUCGCCAAUUGGAAGUUCACUUGCGUCCACUUGGACAAUGAGUUCAAAGGCCAGUUGAUGACAUUCGAUGUUAUCUACAUUGAUAACAAGAAGGUCGAAGACGUUGGUUUCUCGGUUCAAUUUCAACAGACGGCGCCGAUGUCCGUUUUCUUCGUUGAAGGGGCCGAGUAUACCAUACCAGACCCUGAGCUUGAAGUUGUCUCCAAGGAUGGGACUGCCGCAGAUCUGGACGCCGAAUUAGCUGAGCUCGAGGCGAUGAAGGAGCAGCUCAGGGAACUUGAGCGGUCAGUUGCGAUCAAGUUUCAAUAUAUACUUGAGACUUUCGACCUUGGCCGACCAGAGGAGCUACAUUCGCUCGGCGAGUGUGACAGCCUGAAGUGUAUCGUCAAGGCAGUGUACGGCCGUGUAAAGGGAGUGGCUAGCAAGUUCUAUGGGGAGGAUACCGGACUCUUUGGUGUUGGUCGACAUGGACCACCACAUUGGCCAUUCCCACACCACGGCAAGGGGCCACAUGGCAAAUGGCCACCGCACCACGGCAACCACACUCAUGGAAACCAUACGUUUCCUCCACCCCCACCUUUCCACCCGCCGCACGGGAAGCCUCCUCAUGGCAAACCGCCUCACUUCCACCACCCGCCACCACCUUUCUGCCAUUGCCCGCCACCACCUCACCCCGGACACGAAAGGCGACCGCCGCCUCCGGAUGGCCCUCCGCCCCCGCCGCAUCACGGCCACGGAGAGCGACCACCACCCCCUCCACCUCCGCAUCAUGGCCACGGCAAGAUGCCGCCACCCCCGGACGGACCGCCGCCUCCUCAUCAUGGUCCGGACGGGCGCCCACCACCGCCUCCCGAGGGCCCUCCCCCGCCUUAUCACGGACAUGAUACGCGUCCUCCACCGCCCGAUGGUCCUCAUCACGAUGGUCCUCCCCACGAUGGCCCUCCUCACGAUGGCUCGGACAUGCGACCGCCUCCUCAUGGACCACCGCCUCCAGACUUCGGGCACGGACGACGCCCACCUCCACCGCAUGAAUUUGAUAGCCGACCACCUCCAGAGUUCGGCCAUGAAAGACCGCCACCCCAUGAGCGCCCUGGGCAUUUGGUCACAGGUUCCGACGAAGGCACUGAACAAGAACGACCAAUGCACUUCACCGGCGAGGAUGUCCCGCCACCGCCACCGCCUCCUGGCAAAGUUCCUAGACCACACGAAGGUCAUCGUGGCCCACCUCCACAUGGUCGACGACCUUUCGACUUCCAUCCCACCGCGCCAAUUUUUCGUAUCCUGGCUUCAGUUAUAGUUCUAGCAUUCCUCAUCAGUGCCUUACACACUCGAUGUUUCUCAAGCUCGCGUGAACGCCGUAGUCGGUGUGAAGGACAAUCGGCCACUCGAACCAAGUACAACAAGAGUGUCCAAUGGAUGAGACGAAUCCUCGGACGUCGGAAUGUCGAAGACGAGGAGAAGGAAGCCAUGCUACGACGGCUUCACGCUUCGGACAGCGAGGAGGAAGACAACACGUCCACGACGAUGGAGCAAGAAAUCUCGCAGCUCCGCACAGCCGCCGACAUCGUCGGCGAGAUGGUCGCGGCGGAAGAAGGCCGGUCGCACACAUACCCAUCUGGGAUGCAAGAGCGCCAUGCCCCUACGCCGCCCAGCCCUACAUCAGCAUUCGCGGACUACGCGGACGAGAGCCUUCCGGCAUACGAUGAGACCAUGCUUGACUUGGAGAUGGUUGCCGAUGGGUUCGGAUAUACGCCGGGGAGUUCCACCUACACUCCCAGCGAUUCGUCCUUCACGGGAUCAUCCCUCGACGAGCACCUCGGACGAAAGGACUAG